AUGGGAAUCAAGAGGGAGAAUGAGCACGAGGAUUCACCCACUGAGUCCAAGAUCCCCCGAGUCUCCUCCCCUUCAUUGAGUCUCUCUCGCCCCAUCUCUGCCUGUCAGCGAUGCCGCAAGAAAAAAAUCAAAUGUGACCAAAACUUCCCAAAGUGCUCCAAGUGUGACAAGGCUAACGUCGAAUGUAUAGGUUUGGACCCCGCUACCGGUAGAGAGGUUCCUCGAUCCUAUGUCACCCACUUGGAAGAUCGGAUUGCUGCCUUGGAAAUGAAACUCAAGGAGCUGGGUGUCGACCCCCAGGUGGUUCAUGAUCUUGCUGCUUCUACCGAGAACACCACCUCCAAAAGUUCCAUCAGUGACAAAGACCAGGAAGAAAUCCAGGACCAACGAGAGCAGGGCGUGCUCAUGAACCAGGUCAAGUUCAACUCCAUCAACGCCAAGGAUAACCGGCUGGAGGCCACCCACCACCUGAUUUCGUUUGCCAAGUUGAUGUCCACCGCCGUCAAGUUCAAAAAAAGAUGUUCCAAUGUGUCCUCCACCCCUGAAAUCGAGCUCGAUCCCACCACCCUGAACGUGGUGUCACUGGAGGAGAUUCUUCCGGCCUUGUUGCCUCCCAAGAAAACUGCCCAGGAGUUCGUUCGGGUGUUCUUUGCUCAGUCCAACUCCCAGUGUCCUGUUCUUCACCGAGAAGAGUUUUUGCAAACGUGCUUUUUACCCAUCUACGGGAGGUUGGACACAAACAUCACAUUGGCCUCCAACUACACGGCCAUCAACAUGUCGGGACUCGAAGACGACCCGUACUAUAGAGAUGAAUCUUUGACAUGGCUCGCUCAGUACAAACAGGCGUUGAACGAAAGAAUGAGCUACUACAAGGCCAACAACCAGAAGGUGGACACUUCCACUCUCUCAAAUGAGAUCAGUGUGCCCCUCAAGUUCCACAAACCGUUGUUUUUCCUAAACAUCGUAUUUGCAAUCGCUUCUUCCACUCACCAUUUACAAUAUCCCACCAACAUAUCUGAUUCCUUACGAUUAGCAGCCUUGAAAUACAUCGACCAGGUCUACACCUCGUCCGACCAGUUGGAGGUGCUCCAGGGAUUGUUGCUAACGGCGUUAUAUUCUAUCAUGAGACCUGCGGUGCCUGGUUGUUGGUACUUGGUGGGUUCUGCCUUGAGACUCUGUGUGGACUUGGGUCUUCACUCGGAGUCCAUCAACCAAACGUUGAAGAUUGACUCGUUCACGUUGGACAAGAGAAGAAGGCUUUUCUGGUGUACCUACUCGUUGGAUAGACAAAUUAGUUUCUAUUUGAGUAGACCCGAUGGAAUCCCCGAUGAGUAUAUCACCACCCGGUUCCCCAGUGAAUUGGACGAUGCGUUGAUUGUUCCUCACGAUGUGAAGGUUCAGGAUUAUUCCGAUAAGACCAGUAGCCUGUCGAGUUACAAAACAAUAUCUAUUUCUAUGUUCAGAGUGAGACAAAUCCAAAGUCAAGUGCAACGAAUGCUCUUUGGGAACUCCGAUUUACCCAGACAGUUCAACACCUUACUGGAAUGGAAACAAAACAUUUCCAAGCAGCUUAAGAGCUGGAAGAGCACAUGUCCCAAAACUAGAAGAAAAAUGAAUUGUGAUUUCAACUUGGACUUUUUUGGAUUGAACUAUAAUCAUACUCUAUUGAUUUUGCACGGAUUGUCUCCCAAAAACUUCAAGUUGAAUAAGAAGGACUUUUCCAAGGUGAGCGAAUGCGCUAAAGAACUCAUCAAUAUCUACACCCAGUUGUUGACCAACAAAUGUAUCAACUAUACGUGGGCUGCGGUUUUGAACUUAUUCAUGGCCGGAACCUCAUACUUGUACAGCAUCUACAACUCGGAGGUUGUGCGGUCUCAAAACUCCUUAUUCGAGGUCAAGAAAAUCACCCAGGAGUGUAUUACCGUCUUGAACACAUUAAUCGAUAGAUGUGAUGCUGCUUCAACGUGUAAAAACACAUUUGAGAUGUUG